GUGUACAUGCCUGAGGAUGCUACCCCCUGUAGCCCGCAUCGGGAACCGCCAGCCCGACCUGAUCGGCAAGACGUACGCGACUCUUUGGAAGAUCAUGUUGAUCGUCGGGCCAAGCAACACUUCGCUUCGGAGUUUAUUGGCCAAGGAGUACAGGAAUGGACGGACAGUUUCCUGCAUGAUGAAGGGCCGCUUGAUAACAUAUGCAUGGGACCACGCGAAAACAGUAUUCAAUGGCGCCGUCACGGAGAUCUGCAGCUGGUCAUUGCAUGAUGUCUGCGAGGAUGCCUCUUUGCAGUCGUCCUGCAUCGGUGCUGUGCAGUAUUGCAGAUCUUUGGGCAUGAGGAAGCUGCAACUCUUGGAUCACAUCCCGCACCUGGUUUCGAGGUUGGGCGAGCCUGGGAUAGUUGGCAGAGUCUUAGCGCAGCACCGAGAAGUCCCCGAUGAUCAGCACCACCCAAUAACCUUGAGGUUUUUGGGCGACGGCUCGCCCUUCAAGAGCUCGAUUGUGCAACUGCCUGAGGCCGGCGGGGAACUACCUGACGGCCUCCGUCAAGCGGCGCAGCAGCUCGUCGACAUCCCGCUCGACGACCACAUCGCUGAGGGGCCGCGUGCACAGGCGCAGCGUGUCGUGGGGAAUUCGCGAUGCACCAAGUUCCCGUUCGUGGCGUCAUCACUUCGGCUGGCUCGCAACCUCAGCACGGUGCAGGAGUUGGUCACCGCAACUGGGGCAAGCAUCCAGCAUUACGGGAUGCGUGAUGCGGCUAUUGUGGCGCACAGUGAAGCCCAUGCAGAGGGCAAUCAGUUCCGAGGGUUGACAGAGUCGCAGAAGCUAAUGGCGGAGUUCCUCGGAGGCGCGCUGCAGCAGCACGACUAUUUCUCAGUCCCCAGUGGGCCAGGCGAUGAUGCACCCUUCCACGUUCAUCAGGUCAUUGCGAAGCAGACGAAAGACGUCCUCGUGGAGACAACUGGCACGGCCCCUACAGAUACCACGACUUGGUUGUUCCAUCCAAUGGACAUCUUCGUCGACCCGACUUCCGAGACCGACGACGACGGGCGCGUAGACGUGUUCGCGAUGGCAACGGUCUCAGUGUUUCCAGCAUCGUUGCGGGCCCCCCUGUCCGACCCGAAGAUACCCGUGCUCUGCUUGAUGGGCGCCCUCGUGGCCGAGGGAUUCAGGUCUAGCGAUGCUCUGUGCUUCCAUGCCAAGGGCUCGGUCGCAAAGUUCGACGGCCGCAGGUUGAGCUCCAGGAGGUUUUACGGCCAGUGCCUCCUGGCCCGCCGAUCCAUUUUUCUGCGCGGUCAGGAGCGCUUCAGGAGCGACCAGCCACAGGCGCACUACAAGUGGCUGCUGCGGGCUGGGGGGGGGGGCAUCCCAGAGCAGGCCACUGCGCGAGAGUGCAACGCGAAGCUGGUGGAGUUCGAGGCAGCCGGCGAUGACUGCGUUGUCGACGCAACGCCGAUGGCGGCGCCGUCAGAGCCUGUCCCAGGAGGCGCGCCCGCGGCGAUCGUCUACAUCGACGGCGACGAUGGCGACGAGGGGCCGCCUGCAGAUCCGCCACCGCCGAUCGCUGCUCAAGCUCCUCCUGAGGUUCGCGGAGAUGGGGGCAACGGAGGCUGCGCGGUGCCCGGUUUCAUCCUCGGGCAGCCCAUCUCGUUGGAGGCCCACUGGCGCGGCGGCCGCGGCCUUCGGGUGCAGUGCCCGACCCGCCACGGCUGCAGCAUGCACAGGUCGUUGGCCGUGGACGCGGCGGUGUUCGGGCCAGCGGCGGCCAAGCACUACCUGUCGACGU